CAUUCCUCAGAGCCAAUAAAACUUGCCGAGUAUGCAGUACGUACUGCCGAUGAGGAGCUAAUAUGAAAAUUCGUAAAAAGAUUGCUGAUUUAGAUUAAUACUAUCCAGAUUUGUGUGGCCAGUACUUGAAGAUUUUUUGAAGAAAGAGGUCGAGAAUUUAGAAUACGAUGGAUGAAUCGCGAAUGGAUGAUUCCAGAAGAAUCUUUCUAAAUAAUGAAGACAACAAAGAAAUGUUACAAGGUCGCAUUAAUGAAGUUACAAAAUCACCUUCCUACGAUGAACUUGAGAAAUUUCAAUAUACCGAAACUUCGUCUAAGUUAGAUUCAGGAAAUCAAUCGAAUCUGUCAUUCCGACCAAUAUCACCAGAAAAUGGAGAAGAGAAAAAUGACAAGACAGUCAGCACUAACGCCAUAGGUGAAUUAAGAAUUCCGAAGGUCAGUUUUCAUAAAGAUGACGAUGAAGUGAACAGGUUGAAAGAUUUAGAUAGUCCAACAACAAAAUCAAGUAGUGGUGAAAUUUUAGAAAAAGUUGAAACAAGUUCUAUGAACAAUAGUAAUGUACAUAAAGUAAGCAAUACAUUGUUGCUUGAUGAUCCUGAUGAUCUUGAAGUGAAGAAUUUAGCUCAUCUGUCAACUGAGAAUUUGAUUGACGAAAUCGAGCGAUACAAGACGCGAUCACCAAAACCAGAACAAUUUUCAGUGGUUCAUGGGAGAAAAAUGAAACUGCUUUCCUAUUCUCCAACACCAGAAGAAAUUGAACAAAAGAAGACAACAGUCUCAGAUGAAAAUCAGCAAACUAGCAAUAAAUUGCUCGGAGCAGAUAAGUCAUUAAAAGACUUCGGACAUGGAACCCUAACAAACAACGUGGAUGAAAUACGUUCCUAUCAAACGCAAAAUGAGACUUUUCAAAUUUCACAGCAAGAGCAAGUAGAAACAUCUAAUACACCGUUAAUAGAGCAAGAGUUUAAAAGAGAUUUUCAAGACAAAGUUUCUCAAAAACAGGUAAACAUGCGGUAUCAAUCUGAUCCGUUUCAACUCCAUUAUGAUCAUUUUCAUGCACCAAUAUCAACUCAAAGUUAUGAACACAUUGCAAGAUGUGCAGUAAAACCAUAUAAAACUCGUAUAUAUGAAUUAAAACAGUUUCAAACUCAAUCAGUUUACCAUGCUACCGUAAAAACGAAUGUUCGAGAGAAACCUUCAAACUUAAAACCAAACGAAAACAAUACUAAUUCAAAAGUGCAAGUUGAUGAAAACAUCGAUGAACCAGAGCUGACAAUGAAAGAGGAGAUUGAAAAGAAACACGCAGAUGACAGUGAAACAAUUCCAAUAACAGAAAAUAAUACUUUUAUCGAUUGCCCAUCAAACAACCAACUUCAAAAGAAAAAUGAAGAGUUUGGACGCCCACAAAACGACGUUUCUAGUACGUACGACGAAGACGAACAACUGUAUCAAACUAUAGAAGUGAUUUUGAUUGAUGAAAUCACUCCAACAAAAAAGAAACAGAAAUCAAAGAAACACCACAAAAAAACAAUAAAUAAAUUACCUUGUAAAGACGUUGCAAUCCAAACACAGCCAUAUGAAGAUGAUGCAGAUCAGAUAAAAACAAAUGACGAAAAUGAUUCAAUGUAUCAACAAAGACCAUCAAUAAACAGCAGCACAGCCGGCACUAAUGACGAAAUCUAUGAAAAUUUGACUCCAAGAUUUGAUGUGAUGGAUUUCGUUGAGGAAGACGAGAGGUUACGCGCUUAUACAUCACAAAGUGAAGCACCACCAAGCAAAAGACACAGAGAAUCAUUACCUGAAUCAUCUACACAUCCUAGCAUUAUAAUGGAAGAUGAAAAAGAAGAUUCUCUAGUCGACCCAUCAGUUAACGAGGCAAACAUGGUAUCCAUUAUUAAUCAACCACAUGAAAUUACAUAUUUUACUCUAAAAGAAGAAAAUCAACGAAAAGUAGAUGAAAUUAUUCCACCGUCUUACAUCGGAGUAGUUGUUGAGCACGUACCGGAAUUAGAAAGACAAUCAACUGUGAAAGAUAAAUUAAAUGAAACUGAAAACGAAAAAGUGACCACUACUUUCUGCUCUAAAAAUGUUGUGAAACUUAGAGUUGGGAGAGUGAAAGAAGUAGAGCCUUAUGGAUCUGAAACCUACUUUCCUUCAACAAUUAAAGAAGAAACAAUGGAAGAAAUAAAUGAUGCUGAAAGAUGUGAAGCAAAAAAUGUUGAAGUGGAGGAAAGUAUAAGUGACCUGAAGAAUGAGUCAUUAAUUUCAAACGAAAAAGAUAGUAUGAUGCUAAACGAUUUCAAUAACAACAACGAGAGCAUUGACUUAGAAAACGCACCUGUAGUAGACGCAACUUUUUCUGUGGUUCCAACUAAAACUGAGAAAGAAAUAAUGACCGUGCGUUUAGGGAAUAAAAACUAUGUUCGAUUAAGAAUUGGUGAAAGAAAUCGAGAAAACUCGCAUGAGCCCACCAAAGAUGGAGAACGCAACAAAUUAUCAACGAUAAACGUAGAUGUUCAUGAAGAUGAUAGAGAAUAUUGUAAACAUGAAUCUUCUGGUGAAAUGCCAAAGAAGAAAGUUACCACACCUGAAAUAAUUAUAAAUAAAACCAUAGACGAAAAUAAUGAUGUCGAAAAAAUGGAAAUAAUAAAUCAUGCAUCCUCAGAGGGAAGAGCUGAACAGAAAAUUAGCUCAGAAGACAUAAAUGCUCAGUCACAAUUAAAUACAAAUAACAUGGAUUAUAUGAAGCCGUUGUCUAUCAACAACGAAGAAUCGCUUUUCAAUGGGCAAAAAGACCAACAAAUUGAAACAGAGGAUAAUAACCCUGCUGUCUUAUAUCACGAACCAUGGUCACCAACCAUGUCUAAUAUACAAGAUCAUUGUAACACAAUUUUAUCAUCAGAUGAUGUUCAAACGACAGCAACGCAACUGAAGGAAGCGCCGAAUUCGAGAAAACAUGAACAAGAUACAUGGUUAAUAAACACUGAUAUCUCGGAUUCUGAAUCAGCUCAGAUCACUUCUACUGUUGAAGAAACAGAUGCAAGCGCUGAUAUUAGGGGCAAUCAAAGCAAAGUCGUAGGCACAUCAUCACAAAAUAAUGUAUUAGAGAAUAAUGAAUGCAAUGAGAAAGAUGAAAUUUUUCAGUCUAAAGACGAAAGUAAAUACUUCGACACCACAAAAUUGGACGAAAAAUCGGGAAAAAACUUAUCUCUUAAUUCAACGAAUGAAAUAGCUGAGGACAUUAACGGAUCGAACGCAAAUAUCACAGAGAGUAGAGAAGGAUCAUUAGAGGAUAUGCUUAGUAGUUCAGGAUCAUUGGAUAGCAAUAGUAACAAGUAUGAUGCGAUAGAAGUUAAAAUAUUGCCUUGGAUCAAAAUACGAAAGAAAAGAUCAUUUCAACAACGCUUGAGUUUGAAGAAGGAUAAAAAGAAUGGAGUCGUACGAAGAUAUUCUCUCAGGUACAAUAAAGAUGACAAACUUCUUUUGCUGCCUCUUCCACAUAAAAUAUUCAUGGAAAACCAAAAUGAUGCAGGGAUGAUUUACAAAAAGGCUAUAAUACCGUGGAUGGAGGUACAUUCUUCAACAGGAGACAAGAGAUAUCUUCCGUGGAUAGAGCUCACUCAUCAGAACCAUGAUAAAGAUCUUAUCAUCAUGUUGAAAAUCUCUUAUGAAAUGAUUGUGAAAGCUUCUGUCAAGGGUACAAGCAAUGAAGACAUACAAGUCUACAUACCUUGGACUGAUGCUGUCCAAUAUUGGAAAGAAACAGAUCAGAUUGCACCUAGUUCUUUGUUACAAAAAAAAGAGAUUGCGAAUAUUGCACUCAACUUUCAGAAUGAACGAAACAAAACAGCGAACUCCUUCACAAAAGUCCUAAUCUUCCGAUCACGAGAUUUAUCCUGCCUCGUAAAUGCCCAUCACGUGAAACUACGUUUGUUCAACCCACGAUAGAAAUAAAUGAAAAAAGGAGUAUUGAAGUGAGCAUCAACAAAUCCAUGAAGAAGAUACAGAAUGAAAGUACUUUUCGUCGAUUGAGUAAAGCGGAAAGACGAAAGAAAUAUACACAUGUUUUAGAUGCACAGGAAAAGGCACUGCUUGAUGAUAGCAAAACUGUCAAUAGCUUAGAUGAGUCUAACAAAUCGUGAUCGGAAUAUUAAAGUUUCUAAAAGACCUUGUAUAAUCAAAGUUUUUGUAAAAAAAGAAAAGAAACAAUGACUGAUGUGUCAAGGCAUAGUUCUACAAGUAACAACAAAAUUUGUAUUUUUGUACACUUCAUCAUAUAUAUGCUGCAAUUUAAUUCAUCAAAAUUUACAAUUGAACAUUCAUUCGGCUUGAAUCUUAACAUAUUUAAUCGUAAUAUAAUGCCCAAUUUGAUGUAUUAAUAUAAAUAAUAAUUCGCAUAAUCAAUGCUA